AUGGAUGGUACAGAAAAACUACCGCUGCUGAUCAUAGGGAAGGCCCUGAAGCCUCGUUGCUUCAAGAACAUCCGCACACUACCGGCAGAGUAUACAGCCAACAGCAAGGCAUGGAUGACGCGGGAAAUAUUCAAACAGUGGCUGAUAAAGCUUGACCGCAAGUUUGAAUUAGCUCACAGAAGCGUGCUCUUGGUAGUCGAUAACUGCUCAGCGCACGUGGUUGAUGUGGACUUGAAGGCGAUCAAGCUCUCGUUUCUGCCGCCGAACACAACGGCAGCCUUGCAACCAAUGGACCAAGGGGUCAUUAAGAACUUGAAAUGCUUUUACAGGCGCCACAUGUUGGAGCGUUUGGUGUUGUGCGCCGCCGGUACAAAAGGCUACGACGUGACGCUGCUCUCGGCCAUGCAUAUGUUGGUGCGGGCCUGGGAUCAGGUCACGGCAACAACUGUUGCCAAUUGCUUCCGCCACAGUGGCUUUUGUGUGGCCAUUGAGGGCACAGCGGGCGAGCUCGAUGAGCGUGAGGCCGACGUCAUUCCUGCCGGACUGCGGGAUGCGCUGGGGGACGUGAACUUCGGCGACUACGUCGAUGCAGAUCGCAGUGCAGUGGUCUGUGGCACUAUCACCGACGACGAUAUCAUCGCCCAGGUGACUGGCGAGGAAGCACUCGUCGUCGACGUGGGUGAGGACGAGGAGGAUGAGGCGCCGACGCGUCCGACAGCUUCGGAGGUAAUGGAGGCUAUGCGUGUCGCGCGCCUCUUCUUCAGCUUCGAGGAAGAUGAAGAGGAUGCCUUCCGCCACGCUAGGUUUUCACGUGCCGACAGUUUGCCAGAAGUGGAGACAGAUGACUUCACAGACUGUGAGAAACUUUGUGGGGAGGUCAUCAAGCUUGCUAGUAACGGUACCGCGGAAAGUGACAUGACUUUUCUUGAGUACACGCUGUGUGAGCAGGAUGUGCCGGUGAAUGGAGAAAUAACGGAUGCCGAAAUCAUUCAAACGGCCACUAAUGUAGGGGGUGGCGGAUAUGACGCCGAUGACAAACCACCGAAAAGUGCCGACAUCUGCAGAAACAAGAAAUUUGUUGUGUUUGCUUUGAAAUAA